GGGUUUGUGUUCCCAGCCCCUCUCCAGCCUCGUUGCCUCCUCUGGACGUGCUCGAGCAUCUCAACGUCCUUCCCAAACUGAGGGGCCAGAGCUGGACCCAGCACUCGAGGUGGGACCUCAGCAGUGCCAAGAGCUGGGACUGCCCUGGGGCUGUGGGCAGUGAGACCCUGGGGUCUGGGUGGGAGCCAGCCCCAGGCAGGGCUGUGUGCAAGCAGCAUGACAAAGAAAGGCAGCACAGACCUCCAGGAUUUAAGGUGGCUCUGGGAUAAAUUAUUCCCUUUCUGUGGUUAUGUUGGUUAUGUGGCUGCUCCAAGAUUUCCAUAUGUGGACAGCUGUGGUCUGGUCUGCUCUGGUUCAGAGCACUAGGAAAAACCAGCACACUUUUUGCAGUAUUCAACCUAAGUAAAAUAACAGAAAGUUUGUCAUGAUUCCUAAAGAGUGUGACACUGUGGAGCUGCCUGCCCGUGGGGAAUUCUACUCCUGAUAAGACACAUACAGCUCACCUAGCAGAUAACUGAUGUGAAUCCCUCACUGUUCAAAACUAAGCAAAGUCAACAUCUACUGCAUUUCCCAGGGGUACAUGGGUUUGGCACCAUUCUCUGGGAUGCCUGAGAAGGAAAAUGAUCAUGGAUGCCAGCCUGGAACCACUGUGUGGAAUUGCAGCCACCCUAGAGACAAACACCCAUUCUGGGAAUGCUCAGAGAUGUCCCAGUCUAUGGUGCUGCUGCAGUUUUGCAGCAGGUCUUUUAAACACACUUCAGUCCAACUGAUUGACUUCUCAGUUCCUACAUGACAUUUAGUGUGGUAAUAUACUUGUGUUUAGGGACAUGUUUAAAGACAUUUUUCCUUGAGGUCCCCAGGGAAGAAAUGCUCCCCCCACUGCCAGCCCUUCCCCUGGGACUGGUCAUGAAAAGUCUGCACAGGAAAGAGAUGCAAAGGAGGAUCAGCCUCUGGUGGGUGUUCUGCUGGGGACAGCAAUGUGCUUUUGAGCAUCUGACCUCCAGAUCCGGAUACCUGGUCAAUAUCACAUAUUCAGCAGGAAAAUCUAAAAAAAAAAAAUCCCUUUUCUACUCUAGAUUAUUUAACACUUUCUUUGGAGAACUGAAAAUUGCAAAGAAUGGUAAAUACCAAACUUGUAAAAUGGUCUGUGUGGCACUCCAGGGCUACACUGGCACAACCUGGAAAUAGCAGAGCAUGCAGGCUCCUGCCCCAGUCCCAGCCCAGGGCAGAGCUGGCACAGACAAGGCGAGGGACUCAGCACCAGGAUAUGCAGGGUGUGGGGAGGGAAGUGCUGGAGUACCCUGUGAGCUGCAGUCACACACAGAGGUGCCACCCCAUCCCAUCCCAUCCCAUCCCAUCCCAUCCCAUCCCAUCCCAUCCCAUCCCAUCCCAUCCCGUCCCGUCCCGUCCCGUCCCGUCCCGUCCCGUCCCGUCCCGUCCCGUCCCACCCCACACUCACCCAUGCUGUCUCCGGGACCCUGUGGAGCACGAAGCUGGGUGGUUUUGGCCUGGCUGGAGGGCUGUCCAGCCUGAAAGUUAUAGGCUUGAGCAGGUGAGGGGGUGGAGGCAGGAGACCCAAAGCUCGGCACUUGUCCUCUGGUUGGCAGCAGGAGCAGUGGCUUAGGGCUUAUUUGCUCUCCACCAUCAAGUGAUCAGUCCUCAGACCAUGAAGUCUGUGUGCCACACAGGUGAAGAGCUUUCUCCAGAGGCAAAGCAAAUAAUUUGGUGCCAAUAAACAAAUGCCUUAAAAUAACCACAAUUCAGUGUGCAGCGUUUCCCAGGGAAUGAUGUUCUUGGGGCAUCUCCACAGAGCUCAACUGGCAAGCAAACACCCAGGUGACUUUCACCUCCUGGAUGGAAAUCAAACAUCAGGCGUAAAUCACUUUCUUCAGAGUUGAGCUCAACAGCCCCUGGGAGCCCCACAGACACUUCAGGGAAGAGGUACUCCAGUGUUCCUGGGAAACCGAGCCCUGAACUUCAGAAAGUUCCACUCCAAUGCCUCCUGACACCCCUGCCCUGCCACUGCCACGCUGCCCCUUGUGCAACAUGCACUGUGGACCCCCUGGCACCAUGGUGGCCCUUGCAGCAAUCACAAGGCAGUUUUGGGCAUCAUGAAGUGCCACUGAUGUAAAAUGGUCUCACUUCAGGCCCCUCUCUGCUCUAGGAGCACUUACACCAUGGAGGUCUACAGAAAAUACCAGACCUCCCUCUUCCCCUGGGAUGGAUGCCUGCAGUGUUCUGAGUUAGGAGGGCUCCUGUAGCCCAGCAGCCACCCUGGGCUGGACAGGCAGGGCUUUCUGUCCCACACUGUGUCCUUGCAGAGUGGUCACCUCGCCAUGGACACUCCUGUGCCUGUGCAAGGACAGGCAGUGACCCUCAGCAGGGCUUCUCCAGCAGCUUCCAGCCAGCUUUUAGAGGAGGCUGCAGCCCAUGUGAAGAUCAGGAUGAACAAAGCAGGGGAAAAGUCACAGAGAAGAUUUCUCCAAACACCCAGCUCUAUCCUGGGCCCCAGCUCCUGUUCAGUGUAUUUCAUAGAAACACGGACUCCUGGAAAGGCUUGUGUUGGAUCUUUCUUCAAAGACCACCUUGUUCCAUCUCCCUGCCAUGGGCAGGGACCCUUUCCACCAGAUCGUGUUGCUCCAAGCCCUGCCCAACCUGGCCUUGAUCAGUGUUUGGCUCUGGAACAGCCACAGUUGUGUUUGCUGCUCUAUUCCAGGCUGCAUCUGGAAAAAUGCAGCCAGGAGGGUGAGGGAAGGGAUUAUUCACCCCACAGGUGAGACAGCAGCUGCAGGGCUGUGUGGGGGUUCUCUGUGCAGAGCAGCUCCAGAGGGAUCCAGCUAAGAGCACCAGGACAGCCGGGGCAGGAGGGCACGGCAUAUGUGGAGAUGCUGAGAAAGAUGGGUUUGUCCAGCCUGGAGAAGAGAAGGCUGAGAUGGGAUCUUGAGGUUGCCUAGAGCUACCUUGUGGAAGGGUGAGGAGCAGGUAGAAUGAGGCUCCUCAGAGCCCUGUGUCCUACUCUGGACCCCUCAUUGCAAGACACAGACUGGAGCAAGUCUGGAGGCCACUGGAGGCCACCAGGCUGGUUGGAGCCCUGGAGCUCAGGACUCAUCAGGAGAAUUGGAGACAACUGGGUUUGCUCCACCUGGAGAAGAGCAGGCACAGAAGGGAUCCCAUUGCUGCCAGCAACCAUCUUAUGGGAGGACACCAAGAACAUGGAGCCAGAUUUUUCUAGGAGGUCCAUGACGGGGGGAUGAAAAGCAAUGGAUCUAAGUUGGAACAUGGAAAUUCAUGUUAGAAACAGGGCUUUGCUUUAACAUGAGUUUGAUCAAAUACUGGGACAGGGUCCCAGAGAGAGGCUGUGGGAGGUGUUCAGAGGCUUUUCUUACAAGUGUUCAAGACUUGGCUGGACAAGGAUUUGCUUGAGCAUGACUUGCACCAGAUGGCCUCCAGAAGUCACUCCCAACCUAAAUUGUUCCACCACCCUGUGAUUCCCCAGAGGUGCACAGGGAAUCAUGAGAGCCAACAGACACAAGGAGAAGGAAGGGAAAUUAGAUGUAAAAAAAUCAGCCUGAGUGUGUUCAAAGACAAAAAAAAAAGGAAGAGAAGUUAUGAGACCACCAUUCCCUGACAUUCACAACUGACCCAGAUGUGACCCUAAACAGCCCUUUCAAGUUUCACUGUUUUGGUGCUGAGGCCAAACCAGAGGCACCCAGAGAGCCUCCUGAUCUUAGAUACUCUGUUCUCUGGAGACCCCCCUCCCCAGCCCUGACAUCUUAGUUCUGGGCUCCACAAAGCCAGCCCAGCUGGGAGAAUUUGCCCUUUCAGGGUCCACAGCUGUUGUGGCCCUCGUGGCUGGUGGCCUGUCCUACCCAGGACCUUCCCUUGGGCCCCUGAGGUCAGUUUAAACUCAGCCCUAGAGCUCCAGUCCUCAUCUGAGCCACACUGGGAGCACAGUGGGGGACUCCAGUCCUCUCUGUCCACGUUUUCUGGAUGGAUCUCAGACCUACUCCGUGGAUGGUUUAUUUCCUGUGUGGACUGCUCACAUCUCUGCCACAGCGAAUUUCCAGCCCUGCCCUCUGCCCUGUGUCCCUUCAUCAAGGAUCCUGGAUCCAGCAGUGUUUGCCUCACACGGAGCUCACACUCAGCCCUUUCCACCGUGCUUGGACCUUGGCAGGACAGACAUCCCCUCCUCAGCUCAGCUCAGCUCAGCUCAGCUCAGCUCAGCUCAGCUCAGCUCAGCUCAGCUCAGCUCAGCUCAUCUCCUCCUCCUCUCCUCCUUGGCUCCCAGCCUCUCACCAAGCUAGCAGAGGUGACAUUGAAGGGUUAGAUGGAACCUGACCAUAAAAUCUUGGAUUCAUUAAGGCUGCAAAAGACCUCUGUGAUCAGUAAGUCCAUCUGUCAACCCAGCAUCACUGUGUUCACCAACAAACCACGUCCUCAAGUGUCUCAUCCACAUGUUUUUUGCAUGUUUCCAGGGAUGGUCACUCUACCACUGUCCUGGGCAGCCUGUUCCCUUGACAACCUUUUCCAUUAAGAAAUUUUUCCUAAUAUCUAAUCUAAAACUCCCCUGGUGUAACUUGAGGCUAUUUUCUCUUGUCCUGUUAAUCCAGGAAUCCCUUUCCUGGAUCCAUUAUCUCGGAGAGGUCUGGAUGCCACUUUCCAUCGAGGCCUUCAAGUGGCACUGAUUGAUUCCCACAGCAUGGAAAGUUUGGUGGGAACCUCAGUGUGACCUGGAUUGCUGUGAAGAGCAGGUGUCAAGCUGUGCUAUGAAAAACAAGUCUGAUCAGAAACCAACAGGGAAGAUGAUAGAAGGACCACAUCUUUAUCUUCUUAAAUCUGACUUGAAAAGGUUAUGGAGCUUCCUGGACCCUCUGGCAGGAAGAACAGCCCUCCCAAAGCAUUUGUCCAGAGAGCAUUUUGAUCCAGAAGAUGGAGAAACUCUUUGUCAACAUUUCUGGGGCUGAAGGUAGAUCUGUAGGGACUCACCAGGCUAAAGACAGGGAAGAAGAGUGCAAAGGGACCCACAGAGCCCUGUUUGUUAAUGGAGCCCUGGCUCAGGGGUGCCAGGGGACACUGCAGCUCUGGCUGCAGGACACUGGCUCCAGCCCCAUGACUGAUCCUCAAACCUGUCAGUGGAGAGUUAGUGAGCAGGCACCUCUCUUGAGGACCUGUCCUCAACUUUCCAAGGUCAUGCUUGGGACUGGUCACACAAACCUCUCCUCCUUUCUAGUUUCCCUAUAUCCUUAAGAAGCUGGGUCUCUCCACUUCACUUUGAUCCUGGUUCUCCGGAUUUUGCUCCAAGUGUGCAAUUCACAUGUAGUGUUUAUGUAGGGACAGUCAAUAACUGAAAUUCCUCAGCAUGGAGGGGGUUAUUCUGUACCUCUCUGGCUGGAAGCACAUGUGUCCCUCCCCUCAGCUGUGCCGUCAUGGGAUGUGGAAACUGCCCGAGUCACAAUCUGCAAGUGCCUCCUUGUGCCUCUACAAAGGACGAGUGUGAACACACGUGGGUGUGUGCAGUGCCUAUAAAGCCAGCAUGCACAGCUGGGCAUGGGAGGCUGCACCACUGGGUUCCUGCUCUGCGCAGAGGUGCUGUCAUGAUGGGGCUCCAGGCUGGGACACCCUGGCUGCACCGGGACCUUGUCCUCCUGCCCACCGUGGUGGCAAUGCUUCUCCUCUGUGCCAGCGCUGGCCCAGCCGUGCCCACUGCCAGCCCCCGGAGUGCCUCAGGCUUCCCCCCGGACUGCAGCCGCCUCCGCAAGGGCAGCCCCAGCGGCGUGUACGUCAUCCAGCCCGCCCGGUCCCCCCCGCGCGUGGUCUGGUGCGACAUGGACACCGAGGGCAAGGGCUGGACGGUGGUGCAGAGAAACUCGCACGACACCGAGCUCACCUGGAAGCAAUCCUGGACCACCUACAAGUACGGCUUCGGGAACGUGCACAGCGAUUACUGGCUGGGCACCGAGUACCUGCACCUGCUGACGCAGCAGGGCACCUACAAGGUGCGCUUCGUGGUGCGGGACAAGGCCAACGUCACCCACUACGCCGAGUACGACAUCUUCAGGGUGGAGAGCGAGGCCAGCGGCUACCCGCUGCGGCUGGGCCGGCAUUCUGGGGAUGGGGAUGACUACCUGACCCUCUACCACCCCAAGAAGGGCGGCAUUCACGACAACAUGAAGUUCAGCACAGUCGACAAGGACCAGGACCAGUACAGCGGGAACUGCGCCAAGAGCUACGGGGGGUGGUGGUACAACAGGUGCCAGAACGUCCUGCUCAAUGCCAAAAACUACAUUGUUUGGCCAGGAUUCUGUGAUAACGGUGACUGCGCAUCCUCCCUCAUCCUGGUCAAACCCACAGAUGUGUGUUGACCACGCCCAGCCCCCCGGGAGUGUGGGGGUGCCACCAUCCCCAGCUCAGUGCCCCGUUCCCAUGCCAGUCCCAGCGCACAUCCUGCUCUGCCCACCAGCUCCUGUUCCCUCACCAGCACAAACACAGCAGCUCUGGGGCUC